AUGUCUUAUUUUUUGGCACGAGUAUUUGAUAGUGAAGUUUUAUUGGGUAGAUUUGUUAAAAGUUAUGAUAAAUCAGCGAUUGUAAGAGAUUUCUUUCAUGCGAUUCAUAAAUGUUUUGGUUAUUUCGCUAAAGUUGAUAACACUAGAAUGCUUAGAUUUUAUAUUGAUGAAGCUGACAAAGCCAUUGAUGAUAUGGAUAUAAAAUUUAUGGUUGCAGAUGAUUUCAGUUUUAAAGAUGUAUCUGAAAUUACAAUUCGGUAUAAUAGUAAUGCUCCUCGAAGUGCUCAUUAUAUUAAGAAUAUACGAUAUUCUACCAGUUUCUUAACUAUCAUGGUUAAUGAUGAAACCAUGGACUACCCUCUUCAUGGAGUACAAAAUAAUAUAUUGUUUCAAACACCAAAACUUCUAAAUGGAAUCAUUUUGACCAUGACUUUUCUUGAAGAAGAAAAUCAAUAA